AUGACUGUGAGUUCUUCUGAUGAUCUAGGAAGAAUGGAGCUCCGUCUGGACCAUCUUCCACGAACUGAGGUCGUCGAGCUCUUGCGAUCUUGCACAGUUGCUAGAAACCUGACAAAAGCCAGGCAAAUCCACUCCGCGCUUAUCUCUUCCUCGAUCUAUAGGGAGGAUGUUUACCUCCUCAAUCUCGCGGCCGAGAUGUUUGGCAAAUGCGGCAGCAUCGAUGCCGCGCGGGGUGUGAUCGAUCGCAUCAAGCAGCCGAAUGAUUACACCAGGAACAUUGAGGUUGCAAUGCUUGCUGCGAAUGGGGAACUUCUCUUGGCCGAACGCUUGCUCGAAAACUCGCCUAGUUCAAGCAUCGUCUCGUGGAAUGCCAUUAUCAGGGGCCACAUCCUUUCCGGAGAUCUCGAUCGCGCCAAGACCCUGUUUGAUCGCAUGCCAGAGCUCGACAUCGUCGCGAUCACGACAAUGAUCCUCGCGUAUGCCCAAAGAGGGCAUCUUGGUCUUGCGAGGGAUCUCUUUGACGGAAUGGCGUAUCGAGACAUCAUGGCAUGGACGGUGAUUCUUCAGGCCUAUUGCGAGAGGGGAGAUCUCUGCAAUGCCGGAAAUAUCAUCGAGGAAAUGCCCGAAUUGAAUCUCGUGGCGUGGACAGUGAUGCUUUGCGGCUAUGCCCGGCUAGGGGAUCUUUCCAGCGCCAGGAAGAUCUUUGAUGGAAUGCAAUCAAGGAACUUGGUUUCGUGGAGCGCGAUGAUCACCAUCUACGCACAUCACGGGAAACUAGAGGAAGCAAAAGAUCUCUUCGAUCGAAUGCCGGAGCACAAUCCCGGGGCUUGGACAGCGGUUCUGGUCGCAAAUGCCAAGGCCGGGGACAUGGCACAGGCGAGGCAAGUAUUUGACACGAUGCCAGCGAGGGAUCUUGCGGCCUGGAACGCGAUGAUCACCGCUUACUCCGAGAUUGGUAUCGAAGAUCAAGCAGUGGCACUGUUCGAUCGCAUGCCGGUAAGGAAUGUGGUGUCCUGGACUGCCGCAAUCGCGGCCUUGGCUCGUGCUGGACGCCCGGACUCCGCGAGAGAUUUCUUCGAUCGGAUGCCCGAGCGCGAUGUUGUGGCGUGGAAUGGGAUGAUCGCGUCAUACGUGCGCAGCGGGAGGAUGGAGGAGGCACAGAUCUUGUUCCAUGAAAUGGCGGAUCGCAGCUCCUCUUCCUGGAACACGAUGAUCGAUGGAUUUGUGGAGCUGGGUCAUCUAGAUCAAGCGCGCUUCUUAUUCGAGACGAUGCCACAGCCGGAUGUGGUAUCGUGCACGUCGAUGAUCGUGGGUUACUCCCGGCAAGGCAAUCUCAAUCGAGCAAGAACCAUUUUCGACUCAUCCCAGGACGAAGACCCCGUGCGAUGGAACGCGAUGAUCCAGGGCUAUGCUCACAACGGGCAUAGCCGCGAGGCUCUGGAGCUCUUUGGCGCGAUGGUGGUGGAGGGCGUCCGGCCUGAUCAAGCCACAUUCGUGGGCGUGCUUGCCGCUUGCAAUCACGUCGGGGUCGUGGCCAACGCGAGGAACUGCCUGGUGUCGAUGAUCGCGGAUCACGGCCUGGAGGAUCCCCGGGUGGAGCAUUUCUACUCGAUGCUGGAUGUGCUCGCGCGCAACGGGCGAUUGGGCGAGGCCGAGGAGCUGAUCCAGACGAUGCCAUUCGAGCCAGACACAGUGGCAUGGACGUCUCUUCUUGCCCUAGAGAAGAGCCGUGCCGCCAAGAGGGCGGUGGUGCAGCGCUCCCGAGAAGGCGGGCCAUUUGCCCUAAUUUUAAACUCGCUAGAACAUUCUUAG